AUGUCUACAGGAUCGAAAAGGCCGCUUCCCCCAGACUACGACUCACCGUUGCCGUAUGGAAGUGACAAUGAGAGUAAACGACGGAGAGACGAUGAUAGGCGCCGCGAGAGGGAUGAUGACAGGCGUAGGGACAGGGAUAGAGAAAGAGACCGAGAUAGGGAGAGAGACAGGGACCGAGCGCGUGAUCGACGAGGAGGGCGUGACAGAGACAGAGAACGGGACAGAGACAGAGAUAGACACCACGAUCGCAGACGAGACUCGAUAGAACGCAGACGCCGCAGUCGGGAACGAGGCAGGGACAAGGUCAGGGACCCCAACUAUCGAUCCAAGUCUCGCGACUACUCUAGGUCCAGAAAACGCAGUCCGGCACCGGCUACUCCUGCAAAGGACUCGGAACGCGAAGAGGGCGAAGUCUCCCCUCCCAAAUCCACUACCGCUCUUCCAUCCCCGCCACAAGAAAAGAUCAACUCUCCCAAAUCGGCACCUACCGAACCAGCAGUCGAGCUCGAGAUUCCGUCUUCACCGCCACCGCUCGAAGAUAUCAUCGCUCAACGACGUGCCCGGAGACAAGCUAUUCUCGCCAAACACGCUGCCGCAUCAACAGCACCUACUCAACCCGCUUCCCCAGCUCUUUCCGUUGGAGGUUUAACUUUAAAUGGAGCAAGUAGUGGUACUGGUGUCCCUUCUACUCCUCUUCCUGCUAUUCCUGCCCAUGUUGUUCAGAACGGACGAUCUGUCACAGGUACACCUGAGCCUGCAGCAAACAAGGCCAACAGCGCUGCGUCGGAUAACGGGCAAGCAACUCCCGCCGGCUCUGACGGUAUAUUCUCCCUCGCCAAAGCCAAAGACGACACUACCGCCAUGAAUGAGGGUACCUCUGCAGCCGAAUACGACCCAACGCUCGAUUGGAGGGAGGAUCAAGCUCGUCGCGCCGCCCACCAGACCUCUCAAGCUGAACUCGCCGAUGGGAUUGGGGAGCGGGGAGAAGUUAAAGAUGAUAGCAUGCAAGUAGACGAAGAGGACGAUGACUUGGAUGAUAUGUUUGCUGUUGGCAGCAGGAAGAUUAAACUCACCGCUCCAAAAACUACCGUGCCAGCCCCAGUCGUAACAGCCCCAGCGCUCAACAUGGAAGCAGAUGAUCCCGAAGGUUACUACCAAAUCAUACUUGGAGAGCUUUUGGAUAAUGGCAAGUACCAAGUGUUCAGUAUCCUAGGAAAAGGAAUGUUCUCGGCUGUUGUUCGCGCACGAAUUAUGGAUGACCCCACUGGCCGAGAAGUGGCCAUCAAAAUUAUUAGGAGCCAGGAGAGCAUGUACAAAGCGGGCCAGAAAGAGAUUCAAAUCCUUAACAAACUCGCCCAGAACGACCCGGACGAUAAGAAACAUGUGAUUAGACUGGAGGGCACAUUUGAGCAUCGAGGUCAUUUGUGCCUUGUUUUCGAGUCUUUGAGCAUGAACCUCCGUGAUGUUAUUAAAAAGUUCGGAAAAGAUGUCGGACUUAAUAUUCGAGCUGUCCGGGCAUAUACCCAUCAAUUGUUCCUGUCGCUUUCGUUGCUGAAGAAGGCAAACAUUAUGCAUGCGGAUAUCAAGCCGGACAAUAUUCUCGUCAGCGAAAACAAGACGGUAGUCAAACUUUGCGAUUUGGGUUCUGCAUCGGAUGUCUCCGAGAACGACAUAACUCCCUACUUAGUUUCUCGAUUUUAUCGAGCCCCUGAGAUUAUCCUUGGCCUUCCAUACGACGCUUCGAUCGACAUCUGGUCCAUUGGAUGUACACUCUACGAGUUGUACACUGGCAAGAUUCUCUUCCCAGGUCGGACGAACAACCAAAUGCUCCUGCAUAUGAUGGAGCUCAAAGGUCGAUUCAAUACCAAGAUGAUACGCAAGGCUAAAUUUGGCGAUAUACACUUUGACGAGAACGCAGGUGUAUUCUUGAGCGUGGAAAAAGAUCGCAUUACAGGCGCCGACGUGGUAAAACGAGUGACGAUCUCCAAGCCGACCAAGGACAUUCGUGCGAGGGUCUUGGCCGCUGGGGGAGGUGCGACCAGCGACGAGGAAAACAAGCUCACGCUGGCGUUUAUAGAUUUGCUAGACAAGUGUUUGACUCUCGAUCCGGCGCGGAGGAUCACGCCCAAGGAGGCACUGAUGCAUCCGUUUGUGCGGAAUUAG